UAUGACUGACAUCUUAAAGAAUCCCAAGGUGAGAUAAAUUAUUCAAGAUGUUGUAGGAGGAUGUGCAAAUUAAACUGCAACUGUACUUGAAAUGACAUUUGUGUAAAUAUACACUGCAGAUGAAGGAAAGCAUAAAUUUCAUGGAUCUAAUAUUGCAGGAAUUCUGUGCUUUUUAAUAGACAGAAGAGAGGGAAAAGUAAAAUAAUAUUUUAUAGAAGUGUUUCUACUUAAGAGUUUAUGAUCCUGCAACUCUUUAAGUUCUAUUUUCAAUGGAACUUUGUUAUGGAAUCAAGGAUUUUUGGUAACCUGUCCAUGGAAUUGCUAAUUUCUAUAGCAUUCCGAUUUCUAAAGGUUUUAUUGGUUUCUUGUUUCCUAAUGUUGAUGAAGCAACAAAGAUAACUUAAAAGAUUUGCUCAAAUGGUCCAACGAAACAAUAAUUAUAAGAAAUUAAUGCUUAGAUUGAAAAAGAGGAAAAGGAGAGAAAGAAACUUGAAAAAUUAGAGAAAGAAAAGGGAACAGUUAAAGGUGUAUUUAAAGACUUUUUUGGAAUGAAUAAACAAGUUGAGAAGGUAUGAAAUUAUUUGAUAUCAAUUAGUAAGUAUAAGUUAGUGGUCCAUCAGGAUUCAAAAGAAAUUAAUUAACAUUUAAUCUUGACACUGGAGAAAUUAACUUAGAUGAAUUGCCUCCUGAAUUAAUAAAUGCCUUCUUAAAAGCAGGAAUUACUAAAAAGGAUUUAUAAGAUAAAAAUCAAGCCAAGGAAAUCUUUAAAGCUGUUGCUAAUUUUAAUGAAAAUCCUACUGCUCCUCCUCCCCCUCCUCCACCUCCUCCAUCAAAAUAGCAAUAAUAAUAACAAGUAUAUUUAUAACUUAAUUGAGUUCGUUCCACCCCCUCCUCCACCUCCUGCUAAAGGUGGUGCACCACCUCCUCCUCCUCCCCCUCCUCCUCCACCUCCUCCUCCUCCCAAAGGAGUUCCACCUCCCCCUAGAGGUCCUCCACCUCCCCCACCUCCUAAGCCAAGUGGAUAACCCUAAAUGACUUAGCCUAAUUAAUAAUAAUAAUAGCAAGCUCCGAAAUAACAACCUAAAAGUUAAUCGAAUAAAAAUGAUUUAUUGGCUGAGAUUUAAUAAGGUGUGAAGUUAAAACAUGUUGAAAAGAAUGAGUGUAAAGUGGAAAUAAAAGAAAUGGACAAAAAAUAAUAAGAUGAUUUAUCAAGUUAUUUAGCAUAAAUGAUGGCUCAAAGAAGAGAAUAAUUAACUAAGAAUAGAAAGGAUAGCAGUGAUAGUCAUAAUUCUGGUUGGUCUGAUGAUUGAG